CGUACUGUCAAAACUGCCUCUUUCGUUCCCGAGAAACCAUCGAGUGUUAACGUGUACGAGUGUAAACCUUCAAAAUGCCCACCGAUCCCAUGAGUUUUGCCAAGGAUUUCCUCGCCGGGGGGAUCUCAGCGGCGGUCUCCAAGACAGCGGUCGCCCCCAUCGAACGCGUCAAACUCCUCUUGCAAGUCCAAGCCGCUAGCAAGCAAAUCGCCGCCGACAAACAGUAUAAAGGGAUCAUCGAUUGCCUGGUGCGCAUCCCCAAAGAGCAGGGUUUCAUCAGUUUCUGGCGUGGUAACCUCGCCAACGUCAUCCGUUAUUUCCCUACUCAGGCAUUGAACUUCGCCUUCAAGGAUGUCUACAAACAGAUGUUUUUGGGUGGUGUUGACAAGCACACCCAAUUCUGGAGGUAUUUCGCCGGUAAUCUAGCAUCAGGUGGUGCUGCAGGUGCAACAUCUUUGUGCUUUGUAUAUCCUCUGGAUUAUGCUCGUACUCGUUUGGGAGCUGAUGUUGGAAAGGGCAAGGGCGAAAGGCAGUACACCGGCCUUUUGGACUGUAUUAAGAAAACAGUGAAAUCCGAUGGAAUAAUCGGUUUGUAUAGAGGUUUCUUCGUGUCAGUGCAAGGUAUCAUCAUCUACCGUGCCUCCUACUUCGGCUUCUUUGAUACUGCCAAGGGAAUGUUGCCCGAUCCCAAGAACACGCCCUUCCUCAUCUCAUUCCUCAUCGCACAGUGCGUAACGACAGUCUCUGGGAUUACGUCAUAUCCAUUCGACACUGUCAGACGACGUAUGAUGAUGCAGUCUGGCCGUGCUAAAGCUGAUAUUAUGUACAAGAAUACACUGGAUUGUUGGGUCAAGAUCGGCAAAACUGAAGGUCCAAGUGCCUUCUUCAAGGGAGCAUUCUCUAACAUCCUGCGCGGUACUGGCGGAGCUUUGGUUCUUGUAUUAUACGACGAGCUUAAAGCUGUGCUUUAAACAACAAUAGUAGAAUUAUUACGGUUUAAAUUAUUAAUUGUCUCAUAAUUUAUUUGUUUCAUUCCGUGGUUGAUGCAUUUGUUUAGGCCGACAUUCCUCUUUUUUUAGACUUUUUAACAUUUAUCAGGCAUUCCGCGUGAACAAUUUCUUUUGUUAUGCCAAUUGUAAGCUGAAGUAUUGAUAGCCCUGUAUUUUAACAACCCUGUAUAUUUUAACAGCCGUUUACCAAUAAACAGUUGUGAUAAGUUACUUUAUUAUUGUUUUUUUUUCGUUAUUGUUGGUAGUAUGGAACGUAAUAAAGUUGUUAAUAUAGUUGA